GCUUCCGGUUUCAAAACAAGGAAACAGAAAAGACAAAUUACUCAUUUUCACACGGUUAUUAGAAAAAUAAAAUGCCUUGGUUUGGCCAGGGUAAUAAAAAAGGAAAAUCCACAAACACUGAGUUACAGGUGCAGCGAGCAAAACAAAUUGAAGCUCUCCGAAGAGGGAAUUUGAGUGUUGUUGAGACCUUGAGGGAUGCUGAAUACAGAGUCACUGUUCAGAUAGUUGGGAUAAAUAUUACCUUAAUAAUUAAGCUUCCUCCUCAGUUCCCCCAGGACAGGCCAGUUGUUGAAGUCUCCCCAAAGGUCCAUCACCCCUGGGUUGACCAGCACUCCAUUGUUGUCAACUGCCCUAACAUCAAUGGGUUCACUGUACAGUCAAGUCUCCUGACGGCAGUGCAAGCUAUUGUAGAGGAGUUCAUGAGAACACCACCAGCAGUAGUUUCAAACUCUGGCUUCCAAAGUGCUCCAACCAGCAGAGGGUAUCCAUCCUUGUUCCCCUCACACAACAUCUUCAAUAAUGUUUACCCUCCCAUGCCAGAGUGCACGGAUGUAACAAACACAACCACUAAUACAGCAUCGAGUCAGUCUGGUGUUCAAGAGGGAACCUUAGAUAUUGAUCAACCAGCUAUAUCAGACUUCAGUCAACUUGAUAUCAUGAGUACAUUCCCAGAAUUGAAGCAGAAAAGCCACUCAGAGCUUCUGGAGCUGGUUAACGAAGAAGAUGAGGUAUUGGAAGUGAUUCAGGGCCUUCCUCAGGUCACGCAGGUCGUACAGCAGAGGGAGAACAUGGCCGCCAAGUGCACACAACUUGCUAAAGAUAAUUUAGCCAAAAAGCCUGUGAUAGAAGAUCUCAAAAGUCGACUGAGAGAAAAGUUCUCAGAGUUAGAAUCUGUUCAACGGGAGUUCGAGACAAGCCAAGAGCGUCAUGUCCAACUACUAGAGCAGUAUGAUCCAUCCAUUAUUCACAACAACCUGAAAGUGGCCAUAUUGGAGGCAGAGGAAGAGUCGGACAGGGUCGUUGAUGAAUUUAUUGACAAAAAUAUAAAUGUAGAUGACUUCAUAUCAAAGUUUUUAGAAAAGAGAACAUUAUACCACUCGAGGCGAGCCAAAGAAGAUAAAAUGAGUCAUCUUAUUCACCAGGGCUUCUAAAACAGCGAUUAUCCAAACUCUUAACAUUUGGUUGUGAUUGUGUAUAUUCUAGUGAUCUUUUGGACACAAUUUGUUGUUCAUAUGUACCUAUAUUUAUUUUAAUUUGCAUUUUUUAAUAGUGUUCAGGGCUAGUAUUAAUAAUCUUUUUAGUUGGUCUUAUGAUUAUGCUCAUGACUUCAUCCACUGGAGAAGGUUUGACCUUUUGCCUGAAUGUUCUAGGAGUACAUCAAAUAUCUAAUGGUGUAAAUUUGCUAUUCUCAAUUCAUAGUUGAAUGAUUAAAUCAUUCAUACGUUUGACUUCUAUAAGUCAAUGGCCAUGAUUGUAUUUAAUAUUAACCAUCGUUCUGACCUAUCAAAAUCAUAGUUACUUUAUGUUUAGUUGACAGUAUGUUGGAGGCUUAUUAUUGAUGAAAAUGAAAAUCUAGUAACAUACUCUGACAUGUGCUAUACAAACAAAAGCAGAUUUAUAAACACAGACAUGUGUGUACAUUUAAACUGCAGAUUUAUGUGCUGUACAUGCAAACUGCAGAUUUAUGCGCUGUACAUUCAAACUGCAGAUUUAUGCGCUGUACAUGCAAACUGCAGAUUUCUAAACACAGACAUGUUUUAUACAUACAAAUUGUAGAUUUAUAAUGAUAUAUUAACAAACACAAACAUUUGCUGUACAUAAAAUUGUAGAUUAAGUAUAAAUUAUUAACAUACACAAAUAUGUACUAAGCAUAAAAACUGCAGAUUCAUAAGUUUUUACAAGUGGCUAUAACACUAAAUUGUCUUAAUUUGAGUUUUUCUGCAUAUUAUAACUUAGGGCUAUUCCAUUAAAAUAAUAACCCGGGGGGGGGGGUGGGGGGGGGCAAUUAAUUUAAUAGUAUAUGGGUGGGUGUCUUUUUUUGCUGAUUUGGACAUCAAAAGGGUAAAUUUGCUUCUGUAGGGUGGUGGCAUAACUUAAAAGUGCCUUCCCCCCUGGGGUUAUAUGCUUAAUUGGAAUAGCCCUUAGAAACUCAGCGUUUUAUAUGAAGCCAAAAUUUCCUAUGGAUGUCUCAUAAAUGGUGAUUUUGUUUGCAUUUAAGUUUAGAUUCUAGGUAACUCCCAGUAAUUCUCAUACGAUUCAUAUCAAGGUGUUUUAUUUUGUCUGUCAUAUUAUUUAGAAAAAAAAAUUGCCAUUUCAUUAUUUUUUGUGUGUUUUUGUCUUAAAUUGUGCUUUUAAGAAGUUUUGAAAAAUUGGGGCCAGGGAUGAGAUUUGCAGACUUAUUGAGACUCCCUGCCGUUAAAGCACUUGGCUGGAUUUUAAAUCUCGAGGUUUUGAACCUAACCCAUCCAAUGGAAUUAGGCAAACAUCUUCACCUCUUUAAUUCCUAUUACAGGAGGAGCUGCUUGCAGUUCUGUUUCGAUGUGAAAACUGUGACUACAUCUCAGAGCAUACAUUUCAUUAAUUGUUUUGUUAUCACUAUUUUAAGCUUCAUGAUUUUCGUUGUUGUUUUUAAUUAAUUCUUGCCAUGAUCUUCUGUUGUGAAAAUUAUCUAGCAUACCCUUGUAGGUGAGAAGCAACAGUUCCUUUCUAAUUAUUGGUUGUGGAAGAAUAUGUUUUGAAUAAUGUAAGAUCAUGUUCCUGGUUUAGAAAGAGUUAGUUCUACCAUGUUUCUUUCUUAAUAUUUUUUAUACAUAUGUGUAUAAGGGUAUGGUAGGUGAUAUAUUUAGAGCUUUAUGAGUAACUUCAUGAAAGUUUAAUUUAAUCAUUAUUUUGCAAAGAUUGUGAAACAAAGGCAUGUCAUAAUAAGAAAUCUUAUAGGUGUGUCAAAAUAAGAAAUUUUAUCAUUUGUAUUGAAAAUAGACUAAUUUUCAUGAAAGUUUUAGUUUUAAUUUUUACCAUAGCUACUAAUUGUAGAUGUUAAGCUUUUCGCGAUAUCAUCUCGGGUUACGCAAAUAACUUCACAAAGUUCCAACCCAAACAAGUUGAGUAAGUCCACUGCUUUAUUACUAAUCUUCUUGAUUAUAGUAACCCUCACAUAGAUGCGAGUUAGCCGUGGGUUGAAGCUAUUUUAAUAUGGUUGGUUAGUUAAAACCAAAUCAGGUAAAAAAAGUUGAAUUAAAACAGAAAGUACCAUGAAAUUCUUAAGAUUAAAUUUUUAUUCUGUUUCAAAUGUUUAUUGAAACUGUAGCUGUUGAAAAAUAAAAAAAGAGCAAAAUAGUUUGGUGGUUGAUAUCAACCCAAUAUGUUUGGGAUCUGCUGGUCCAUCUUAUAAAGGCAUGUAUCAUACGAUCACCAUUUCCAAUCAGUAAUUUUAAGUAGUUUUUCAUAUAUAGUGCAAAACUAAGAACUUAAAUGGUCAGUUCAGGCAUAGUUAAUUGGAUUUUGCAAGUAAAAGUUUUAAUUUCAUAUGUGACACUUCAAAAAUAUUUCACUGAAAUUCUUUAUCUUACAAUAUUAUGUUUUACCCUCCUUGAUAGGAUGAUUCACGUAUGUACCGUUAUGCCAAUUAUUCAUGCAUGUAUUAUUAUUAUAUAGUAAUUACAAGAGUAUGUAACAUGAAUAUGCUCGUUGAUUUUGUACUUAGACAUUUAAUACAUAAUUGACAACUGAUCCUUACACUUAGUACAUUGCCUUUAAUGCAGAAUCAUUUUAUUGUUACUGGAUCUACUUGUGAUGAUUUUGUAUUGUGUUAUGUUUAUACAUAAAAAAAUAAAAUUUGCUCUUCAA